ACAGAGAGGAUCGCCCCCGGUCGUUGCAUUAUUAAGAUUUUACACUCAGCCUGAACUCCAGUUGCAAAGUUCUUUCAUAUUACGUGGUGCUGUUCAGGUGCCUCCUGUGCGUUUUCUCUCAUAUCUGUGAUGUGUUAUUUAUAAUUCGUGCGUUGGUUUAUGUGUUUCCGCAUCAUGGCGUUAGGAGUAGAUCAAAACUGUGAAGUUUCUUCGCCAACCGAGCUGAAGAGCGAGAAAAAAUCGACUGUGCGCGAGGGGAAGGCGAUGGGUUCGCGGCGUAUUUUUUCCGUUAAGUUCAAACUUCAAGUGCUAGAUUCAUUUCAUAAGGAUGCCGAUUGCCAAGGGAAUCAAAGGGCAACGGCCCGAAAGUACGGAAUUCAUCGUCGACAAGUGCAAAAGUGGCUCCAAAUGGAGAAUAGUCUUCGUUCGACAGCUCAAAGCACUGUUAUCUGUGACGGGAUUAAUAGCGGAGGGACGCAGGCAGUGGCCUUGAACCUGUGUCCGUCCAGACAGCGCGACGCCAGCUCCGUCGCCUCGACUCUGUCCAAUACGAAAGACUCCUCGGCGCCCGGCUUCUGCUCCGGCCCCGCGUCCACCAGCUCGAACGCCUCCACGUCCGCCUCUUCUGAUUCCGAGGGAUACAUUAAUGUCGAUGGUUUUUCCGACGACGAAGACGAUCUCGACGAUAGUUGUAGCAGCAUUUCUUCCACCUCGGUCUCGGACAAAGCCCUCGACUUCACUUGUGCUGCACUCAGUAAGCGAAAAUUUUAUUCAGUUGAUUUUAAACUUCAGGUUCUUGACAGUUUCCAUCAUGAUGAAUCGUGUCAUAAAAAUCAACGAGCCACCGCUCGCAAAUUCGGAGUCCACCAUAGACAGAUUCAGAAAUGGCUCAACAAAGAACAGCUUCUUCGCAAUGAGAUCCUACUGCGAUCAAACAGGAGAACUGUUCUAGGCAAACCUCAAUUUUCCAAAUGUACCUCUCCCGCUAGUGGAUGUCUCGAUCUGUCGAAUCACAAGCGGUCAAUUAGGUCCCGGUCAGUUGAUGAGCCUGCACCCAAGCGAAAGCCGUUAUUGAGUUGCUGCCGCCCUGAAGACCAUAGUAAUAUUGUCUCUACAACAGGCACCAAUGAAACGCUGCGUUUGAUUAAAAGUGAGCCUCAUAUCCAAGCUUGCUCAACCCCGGAGGUCUCAAGCUCAGCUGAUUUAUACUGUCCUAGCUCAGUGUUUCCAUACUCUGGUGUGGCCUUACGCUCAAGUUUUUCAAUCAUGAGUCCAUCUGAGUAUCCAACGUAUGAUCCAAAUUCGUGGCCUUUCUAUUACCCAUCUGCAAUGAGACAGCAACCAGAGAAGCCACUGCCUAGGCGGCCAUCACCUCUAGAUCUGAAAGUAGGGAGUGCUUGGCUCCCCGAGUUUCAAUCGUAUCUCCCUAAUUUUCUCCCCAAAUUGGAUCUCCAGUCUUCGCCUCACCUAAAAUAUGCUGAAUUUAGGCAGAUUAGUGCAGAUGGUUUCAAGUUAUUCACUGCCUCUGCAACUAGUUAUUCCAUGUUUAGCUGAAAUGUUUUUGUUUUAAGUUAAAAUAACAUUGUGACUUUUUUUUUAUCUUUUUUAAGCCAACAAAUUUUGGAGGAAUUACUUAAAUUCUAUACUUGGUAUAUGCUCCGACCUGACUUUAAUUUUUUUUUUUUGCUGUCUUGGAAUUGAGGAAUACUUUGACAAAGGGCAGCAAGCAUAGGGCCUAGUUUCUAGAAAUACUUUUUCGAAAGUCUAAAACGUAGGUCUUCAAAACUCGGAAAAAUGUUUUAUAAACUCUGAAAUCAGAUUUUUGUGUUACAUUUGAAAAUCAUUACCUCAGAGCCAAAAUUUCAACUUUCUAGCAGGAUAAAUUUAAUCGAGAAAUGGCAAGUAUCAAAUGAGGAUCUAUAUAUCAUUUUACCGGAAAACACCUUUUCUGCAGAAUAUAUCCAAAGCUUGCUCCUUUUCUCACAAAUAUUUUACCCUUAACCAUGUUCAAACUAUCUUUUCCUUGACACGUCACAUUGUAAGGAUUAGAAAUUUUGAUUACCGCCAAAAGAUAGUGAACUGCCGUAGAACACUUGAUUAUCGCCUGUUAUUCAUCAACAAGUGUCUCGGUUAAAAAGCCACAAACUUGGGAUAGGUAAUAUUGAAAGGAUUCAGAAUAUGUAGGUAUCCUCUGUUACAAGAGCUUGAGCUGCCGUGUGCCUUUUUAUCGAAAUAUUCCUCAAUUUUCAAUUCACAUAAGUUUCUUCAUAUCUGCUCAUGAUAUUUUAUGCGAAUGCUCAUAAAUAUCACUGUAAAUAUUUCUAUUAUAAUGAAGAAUGACAUUGUUGUGAAUUUUGUUCAAGACGAACUGGUUCCCAUAUUCUUGCCUUUGCCAAGCGAGUAGAAAGUCAGUGAACUAUGUUGGUGUCUGCAGACUGAAUCUAUUCUAAAAUUUAAUUUCUUCCUGUUUCCUGUUUCUCCUCAAUCAGGUGCUGACUAUAUGAAUUUGUCAUAUUGUACAUAUAAGUAAUUAUAAUUUUAUUUAUUUUUUAUUUAAGGCUGAGGCACUUAGCCGCAGCAGUAUCUCUUUAAAACUCAAUUUCAAGUUCCCCCAAACUUUCAAACUUCCACUGAGCCAGGCAUUAAGUCUGCCCUCAUUUUUUUUGACAGUUUUCCCUUUUUUCCAUUGAACUGUUGAUGAUAAUGAUCAUCAGGUUUCUUGUCCUGAAAGGAAUUUUACUAUUCAGAUAAUCAUAUGCUCCCUUAGGGAUCAAGUUCCCUUCAUAAUGCAAAAAGAGUCUGUACGAAAUUGCAUCAUAUUGAAUUAUUCUCAGGAGUCGCCUCCGUUUCACUUUUUUUUUUUUUUUUUUUUUUUUUUUUUUUUUUUUUUUUUUUUUUUUAAUACAAAACUUUUAACUGAACCGUCACCAAUACACAUUUCUUUUUUUUGAUGUAAUGCUGAUGCAUGAUUUCACUAUUCUGCGAAAAAAAUUUUCUGUUUAAGAAGGAACAUAUCUUGACAAUCUCUUCCUCUCCCUCUCCCUCCUUCUGGCAUAAGCUUAAAAAUUGUCUUAUUAUCAGAAAAAGGUAACAAAGGCAGCUUUAUACUCCUAAAAAAAUUAAUAAUUUAACGUAAUAAUUAUAAAUAAAUACUCAGUAAAAUGACAAAAGGGGCAAUGACCCCUAAGAAUCACUCUAUUUUGCUCAACAGUAAGAAGUCUUCUCUCGCAUUAUGGCGCUGACUUCUCAGGGGGCUGGAUAAAAAUUCUAGAGUCAAAUUUCUCCAAGGACAUCCUGAUGGAUCGUAUUUAUCAACCGAACGAAAAUGUAGUCAAUUGUGUUCAAGGCUCAUGCAAUUGAAAUUAAAUUCGAUUUUCUGUGAGUGAACCGUACUUUAAAUUUGAAUUUACUAUCAUAAAAUCCAAUUACUGAAAUUCCUUGCACAUUGGUUACAAGACUUAAAAUCCAUUUUCAAUGUUAUACUUGCCUUCAAAGGAAUGCUUUAUCUGAUCAUGAGCAAAUGCUGAAUGUAUUAAACUGGAUCUCCUAACAAAUUUUUGCUGAUGUCAAUGUAUUGAUAUUGUCUCCAUCCGUGCACGUAUUGAUUCAAAUUCACACAUUUUUGUCAGCCUAUCUAGUCAGUUUUGUAGCUUAAAAGAAAACUUACUUCCUCUUUAAAGAGAGCAUUCAUACAGAGAAGUGAGUAUCUUGUUCUAUAGAAAUCAAGGCAGCUCCAAACAUUCACUUUGACAGGCAACAUAUUCUAAUUGACCCAUUGUCUCUAAACAUUUAAUAUUGAGCAUAAUUCCCUCCCUCUUUUUUACCAUGUACCUAUGAAGAACUUAUCAUUGAUGUUUCAGAACAAAAAUUCUUGUUAAAAAAUUUUAAUUGCUAUAAAGAUAGAGUAAUUUUUACUCCGUGAUUCGAUUGUCCAUUUUCAUAAUUUAUGUCUCUUCAAUUUUUGUCACUACCAUAUGCUGCUGAAUAGAGCUGUCUGAAAGCUGAAGCAUCUUAGGGUCUUACUUCUAGAAUUUUUGUGUGAAGCAUUUUUGCGUUUUUGACAUGAUCGCAGGCAUGUAUAAAGCAACAUCUGUAAACUCAAAUUGUAUUACUUGUUAUUUUUUUAUUUAUUGAAGAGCUAAGAUGUACAGACAGCUUUAUCUUGAAUCAGCUUAAUUGUAUUACAUGACUCAUAUUACAAUAAUAGAGAAAACAUCAAUCUGCCUUGAAAUUUUAAAGGCAUCAUGCUGUGCAGAUUUGGUUGUAAGAAAGAACUAGUGGUCUGAUUAUUGAAAUUGACAUACAAAGGAUAAAUGGAGAGAUCCUGUCAGUUAAAAUGGGUGGUUCUCAUAGAACAAGGAGGAAAAUGAUGGACCAACUAUGGAGUGUCUCAAGGGUUGCUGCUCGUUAGUCUAUUACUUACCUCUUUUGUCCAUUGCUACCACCCGCUUCCACCAAAAGGAUUGCUUCAUUUUCUCUUUGUCUAUUGCUUUGUUUAUCAAUGUCAAUAAUCAAUACGCAUGAGAGGAAAAUGCGCAACAUGACUUGAAGCCAGGCUGAUUCUCCUCAUAUCAGUAAUCGGUCUGAGUCAUGCACUUAAAUCUACUAAGUUCAUCUUAAAUGCUAACACUUUUACUUCCAUGUGUGAGUGCCAAUUUCGGGCAAAACGUUUUUAUACCUACCAACGAUUAAGCUGCCUGAAAGAUUUAUUCCUGGAACCCUUUAAAUUCUUUGUGGUCUUUUUUUCUGAAUAAAAAUCAUUGAUUAUAAAGUGCCUUCAGUUGAGAUUGAUUUUUGGUUCAAGUUUUAAUUUUAUUUUAAUUUUUUGUGCCUUAAUCAAGUGUUAAGAUAUUAUCUUAUUUGUAAUGACAUACUUGUAUUUAAACGAUGUACCAGCUGAAUGAAAUUAAGGGGCACUCAUAUCAAUUCCCUAACACCUUUACAAUACACCUACAUUUUUGUUGUAUCCCUCAUAAGAUAGAGCAGAUUUCUCAAGUUAUUUCCCUCAUUGUUAAUGAUUGCAAAUUCGUAAUACAUAUUCUCAUCUAUCGCCGCCUACAGUAUGUAUCAGCUAACUAUUGUUUUGAGUUUUUCAAUGUUGUAGUUAAGUUUGAAAUAUUUUUGUAUUCUAACUGAGUUUUAGUUGUCUUCCAUUCGCGAGAGUUUGCCUAACAAUGACUGACAUUUUUAUUUCUGAAGAGCAUAAACUUUCCUUUUGUUUGUAAAAGCUAGCCUUUUUCUUUGAAUUCUUCUUUUUGUUUUUUUUUCACUAACGAAAAUUUCCAGUGCCUGAAAUUGAAAGUUUGCUGUAUGUGUCACUUUCUACUCUCAGUCAACAUCUGGAAUAUUUACGAAUACAUAAGGAAUGUAUGCAUUGAUAUUUGAUAGUUCUCGAACUGAGGCCUCUUUGAGAAAGGAAAUUACAUAACAAUGCCUAGGCUUCUGUCAAUUCCUACUUAGGGUAAAUGGUAUUGGUUCUAUUCAUAGUUAUUUCUCAGACAUUGAGGCCUCCUAACCAACGUAAUUCUCAAGGUCUAAGUAGGUGUUGAAUUUUUACAAAGGACGAGGAAUAUGUCCCUUAAAGUGGCUCUGCAUUGUAAGUGAGCGAAACACUCUUUCCAUAAGCAAGUUAUAAUCGUUCAAAUUUUUGUUAGAAUAAUAGUUUUGCUUUUGAAUUCCAGCCAAAAAAGCAAAGACAUAAAGUAGGAGCACAUUUUAGCAUUUAUCUUAGCUGAAUUCUUCUGAAACCUCUGAACCAAGACUGAGAUCCUAAGGUUGAUCACAAAGAUCUCCAUUCCAUAUGAUAAAUCAAAUGCAGUACUCUGUGUUUUGCUGCACUUACAAUUAGCCUCACUGUAAAGGUUUCACAAGAGAUUUUCUGGAAAUAGAUAAUUGGAAUGUAAUUCUACAUUUGAUUGAUUUCAUGUCUAAAACGGGAAACUUGUAUUUUAAGAAAAUUGUGUUUACUUGCUUCACAGAAUCACCUCAACAUAUUCUUACACUUUGUUGUAUCUCAAUUUUUUUUUUUUUUUAUUGUGCGGACACAAACUUUGAUCCUAUACUCAAUUCACUACAAACAUUAUGGCUGCAAUAGCUCGACAGCAUUGGAAUGUUCUUCCAAAAAAAUGCUACAAAAAAAAGUAGCUGAAUGUGCUUAAUGCUCUAAAAUGCUACAUCCAGUGCAAGUAAUUCUGUAUUCAGAUCUAGAUCAUAGUUGAAUCCUCUGCUCUGUUAACCGAAAAGUAGGACUAUGAACCAAGGCCAGGCUAACUUUCUUCACAUUGUUAUAUCAACCUUAGUAUUACAUUGGUAAUAGUAAUGUUUGCUUUAAGAUCAUAUAAAAUUGAAAUAUUUUAUAUCCUCUAUCAAAUUUUAUUUUUGCAGCAAAAAAAUUCUAAGCAAUAAUAUUACUUCAAUGCCUAACUGUCGCAUUAGACAAUGUGCGCAUGAUUUUAUGUUGAUUUUUUUCAUUACGAAUUCAUCGAACCCUAAGUUCUCCAGGGUUGAAUAAAUCCUCAGUCUGCAAAUUUUGAACUCUGAGGGUUGCUGUUGUAGGUAGAUGUUUUAUUUUUCAAGUACUACCUUUUAUAAUUCUCUAGGUCAAUUUGCAAUUGGAAACUCUGAAUUCAAAACUCUGGUUUCUGUCUGUGGCCAUUACUUCUAAUUUUCGUUAGAUGUAGACUAAUUUAUAUUUCAAAUGGAUCCUUCCCUUGGGAUUCCUUUCCAUUUAUAUUCAGUAUUUUUCUUAUUAUUAUUCUUCGCAUGUUUCCUCCGAUGCCAGCCUUGAUUAAUUCUAAAAUGUUUAUCGGCAGAUUCCUUUACUUUUCAGCUCUUGAAUAUUUGAAAACUUGUCAAUAUUCCUGUAUUUUUACUCUCCAGCAUUUAUUUUAAAUGUCUUAAUUUUAGUCAAAAUCUGAGAAUAGGUACUUGGAAACUGAGGCGAGUGACCUAGAAAAUUUUCUUCCUUCCAAGAAACCUAACAGAAAGAUGACAUGGUUUGUCUUAGCAGAAUUUUUUUAUUUCUUUUUAGUUUAUUUUCCGAAGGAAAUGCGCUAUCUCCCUCUUCAUUCUUCUUUUUUCAUUCUGACAGUACUUCAAGGAUACAUUAAAUAGUGCUAAUGUGUUAAUAUUCAAAACAUAAAAGUUAGCAAUGUACAGAAAAUACAAUGAUUGUGAGUUUACUUUAGUCGUAACGCAAUAAAUUAGGAAUUGCCAUCCCUUCUGACUAACACAAUCCACUGGCAAAUUCUGAAAAAUAAACUUUUCAUUUAAACAAAUUCAUUUUCUCCUUUCAUUAAUUUUAGCGUUUAGUCAUUUUUUUAAGACUAGAGAGUCUUAACUCGUUCGACUGAUUUGCUCUCAUAGAACAGAUAUUUGGGCAAUGUGAAGAAGUACUGUCAGUCCCAUCAUUUCCCCUUUUUAUGGACUGACUUUUAAUUUUUAGUAAGUAGUAUUGUUCCAUGUAUAAGUUCCAUCUGUACAGAUAAUUACAGAUUCAAAAGAAAGACAAUAUAUAUUUAUUUUGUACAUUUUUUGUAGAAAUCCUUUUCUUUUCAUUUUUUCUCCAAAGUAAAGAUUGUUUAAUUUUCUUGAAGACGAAAUUCUACAUUUAUUCAUUUUGUUAUCAGUGUGUACCAUACAAAAUUUAAUUUAUAUUUUAACAACUUGUUUAAAGAAAAAAAAGUUAAUUACCACAUUAAAUUGUUACUUCAUAAA